AUGUCCCUUAAAGGUGUGGCUUUCUUCCUACUCAAAGGUGUGGCGGAACUCUCAAAGAACGCGACGUCCCUUUUGAAACUGGCUUCCGCCGUUUAUUUUUUCCAGAAAAAUGUUGGCGAGCUCAUGCUCUGCGUGGGCCCUUCUAUGUUGCCAACUUUGAGCGCAAACGGGGACGUCGUUAUUAUGGAACACUUCACUCCGAGGUUCAGAGAACUAAAGAGAAAAGACAUCGUAGUUGCUGUCUCGCCGUUGAAUCCAAACAUGAGCGUUUGCAAGCGUGUGACCGGUUUGGAGGGCGACAAACUUGUGGUAGGACAAGCUACAGCCGAAGCAGUUUUUCAAAUUCAUCCUGAGAUCGUUGAAAGAACGGAAUACGGGAGCUUUGUUCGGGUUCCGAGCGGCCAUGUAUGGCUCGAGGGAGACAACGCGAUAAACAGUACAGACUCUCGCCAGUAUGGUCCUGUAUCUGUUUCUCUGAUCCGCGGUCGGGUUCUCUGCAGAGUGUUGCCAUUGAAUGCGGCGGGACGUGUUGAUUAG